AUGUCUGUAGAUACCCUACAAAAUACUACCCACAGGUUUUCUGAUGUAGCUGGAGAACCAUGUAUUAUGUUAGCACCAAUUGAAGGUUUUAACAUAAAACCAUUAGUGACACUUGAAGAAGCUACUGAACCAUUAUAUAACAUUGUUCCUCGUGUUGGUACCUACGUAUAUAUAGUCAAAGAACGUGCUAAAAAUCCAGUAGAUGAUCUUUCAGUUGAUGAAUCAGCUUCAAUUGCAUUAUAUACAAUGGAAUGGGAACCAUAUACAGAAUCACUUUAUUAUAUUCUUAAUCAAACAUUACGUAAUGAAGAUCGAAAAAGUUUGAAACAAUGGUUUCUUUAUCUUAAGCUUAUCUUUACUGCUUUAUCUCGUCUUCCAUCAGUAAAUGUAACUGUUUAUCGUGGAGUUAAAGAUAUAAUUGAAAGUGAACAUGAAAAAUAUAAAGUAGGAAAAAGACUUGUUUGGUGGGGGUUUUCAUCAUGUUCAGCAAUUCGGGAUGUUUUCGAAACAGAUCAUUUUCUUGAACAAAGUGGUAUAAGAACAUUAUUUAUUAUUGAUUCCAUUAGAGGAAAAGAUAUUCGGAACCAUUCAUAUUUUAGAAAAGAAAAUGAAAUAAUACUUUUACCUGCUACUCAAGUUGAAGUUAUUCGUUAUGAACAACAAGAAAAUAAUUUACAUGUUAUUCAUCUUGAAGAAAUCGAAUCACCAUAUGUUCUAUUGGAACCUGUAUCUUCAGAAAAAGAAAUUCCAGAUGUAAAAAAACCAUCAACGUGGACAAGUAAGGUACGAACAGCAAUAAUAUUUCCCACGAUAAUUGCACGUUACCGCACGGCACAGCUUAAUGAAUGCAUUCAACGGUGCAAGCCUCAAGCUGCAGCUUAUUUAAAUGGAAGACGUCUUUCUAAAUCUGAUCUUGAAACUGUUGUUCAGCAAGUAAUGAUUGACAAACAAUGUCAAGCUUUAUUUUUAAGGGAAAGUAAAAUAACAGCUGAAGGAGCAUAUAUCAUUUCUGAAGCUCUACGUGAAAAUUAUUCAUUAGAAAGAUUGUUUCUCAAUCAUAAUAAAAUUGGUGAUGAUGGUACAAAAUAUCUUGCUCGAGCACUUUCAGGUGAUAAUAAUUCAACUCUUAACCCUUUGAGUCCGGGUGUCCUAUAUAUAGGACGCAGUUUAAAUAUUUAUAAAUAG